GACUUUGUUGGAUGCAUAGUAUGUUCAAGCCUGGCAACCGUGCAAUGAAACUCCUUAAGACGCUAGCUAGCUAUAACCAGGCUUUUGUUGUCUAACGCCACAGCAAGAAAGUUAUCAGUCUAUCUCUCUAAGAAACUAAUAUCCAAAAGAAUCAGUUUAACACUGAAACACGGGAAUAUGGAAAGUGGACUGGUGUGAAAUCGGUCAUGUUUUGGCUCGCUAGGCGAACUGGAACCUGACAGCAACAACUCCUUCGCUGACCGGCCUCCUUCUCCACACUGCAUCUGGCGUCAUCAUGCAGGCCACCCCAUCCGUCUGGCUACAUGACUGACUGACACGCUGGACUACAAACAUGGAGAGGAAACGUAGAAAGAAAUGAACUACAUUUCCCAGCUCCGGACCUGACCUGCUCGCCCCCUCGCUCUACCAGAGCUCGAACCAAGCUGUCCCUGUUGUGGAGAGCACCCCCCCCCUCCCGCCUGGCCGUGUUGUGUUUAGGCCUGCCGUGGGCCCUCAGGGACACACAGAGGAUACGAUGGCUGUGAGGCUGCGGCCUGUUAGGCUGCUGCUGCUGUUGGCUCUGCUGACUGGCAUCCUACCCGCUGUCGGCAUGGAUACGGGGGGUCAAGCCUUCAACUUUGACCCUGAACCUGAAGCAGCCCUUCAAUCCAACUGCUCUCAUCUGACGGUUAAACUGGAAUUCUCCACCAAGGUGGUGGAGCAUGAGUACAUCGUGGCGUUCACCGGCUACUUCUCUGCCAAGGCACGGCAGCUCUACAUCAGCAGCGCCCUGCGGGGGGCGCCAGCGCUCGACUGGCGCGUCGUCCCGCGGCAGAACCCGGCGUCGGACUUUCCCAGCGACUUUGAGGUGGUCCACAUCCGCCAGCCGUCCCCCGACGGCCUGCAGUCCCUGGAGGACCACCCCUACAUCAAGAGGGUCACCCCCCAGAGGAAGGUGUUCCGCACGCUCAAAUACACGCCAGCCGAGCCGACGGUGCCCUGCAACACCACGCGCUGGACGCAGAAGUGGCAGUCCUGGCAGUCGUCCCGCCCCCUCCGCCGAACCAGCCUUUCGCUGACCUCUGGCUUCUGGCACGCCACGGGACGCCACUCCAGCCGGCGGCUGCUCCGCGCCAUCCCGCGCCACGUGGCCCAGAUCCUGCAGGCGGACGUGCUCUGGCAGAUGGGACACACCGGUUCGGGGGUGAAGGUAGCGGUGUUUGACACAGGCCUCAGUGAGAAACACCCGCACUUCAAAAACGUCAAGGAGAGGACCAACUGGACCAAUGAGAAGACACUGGACGACGGUCUGGGUCACGGUACCUUCGUGGCAGGUGUGAUCGCCAGCAUGAGAGAGUGUCAGGGCUUUGCCCCCGACUCCGAGCUGCACAUCUUCAGAGUCUUCACCAACAACCAGGUGUCGUACACCUCGUGGUUCCUGGACGCGUUCAACUACGCCAUCCUGAAGAGGAUAGACGUUCUGAACCUCAGUAUCGGUGGGCCUGACUUCAUGGACCAUCCUUUCGUAGACAAGGUGUGGGAGUUGACUGCUAACAAAGUGAUCAUGGUGUCAGCCAUCGGCAACGACGGGCCUCUGUACGGCACCCUCAACAACCCCGCAGACCAGAUGGACGUGAUCGGGGUGGGCGGGAUCGACUUUGAGGACAACAUCGCUCGCUUCUCCUCCCGAGGGAUGACGACCUGGGAGCUGCCGGGGGGCUACGGCCGGGUGAAGCCCGACAUCGUGACCUACGGUUCGGGGGUGCGGGGGUCGGGCAUGAAGGAGGGCUGUCGCUCGCUGUCGGGUACCAGCGUGGCAUCCCCCGUGGUGGCAGGCGCAGUCACCCUCCUGGUCAGCACGGUGCAGAACAGGGAGCUGGUGAACCCGGCCAGUAUGAAGCAAGCUCUGAUCGCCUCGGCUCGAAGGCUGCCUGGAGUCAACAUGUUUGAGCAGGGCCACGGGAAACUGGACCUGAUCCGAGCCUACCAGGUCCUCAACAGCUACAGACCUCAGGCCAGUCUCUCUCCCAGCUACAUAGACCUGACAGAGUGUCCCUACAUGUGGCCCUACUGCUCUCAGCCCAUCUACUACGGAGGCAUGCCCACCAUCGUCAACGUCACCAUCCUCAAUGGCAUGGGCGUCACCGGCAGGAUCGUAGACAAGCCAAUCUGGCAGCCCUACCUGCCCCAGAACGGGGACCACAUCGACGUGGCCGUCUCCUAUUCGCCGGUGCUGUGGCCGUGGGCGGGCUAUCUGGCGGUCUCUAUCUCGGUUGCCAAGAAAGCAGCGUCUUGGGAAGGAGUCGCUCACGGUCACGUGAUGGUUACAGUGGCGUCGCCCGCUGAGAACGAUUCGAAGGUGGGCGGGGAGCUGACCUCCACGGUGAAGCUGCCCAUCAAGGUGAAGAUCGUCCCCACGCCGCCCCGCAGCCGCAGGGUCCUGUGGGACCAGUACCACAACCUGCGCUACCCUCCAGGAUACUUCCCCAGAGACAACCUGCGCAUGAAGAACGACCCGCUGGACUGGAACGGAGACCACAUCCACACCAACUUCAGGGACAUGUACCAGCACCUGAGGAGUAUGGGAUACUUCAUAGAGGUUCUGGGAGCACCAAUCACCUGCUUUGACGCCAGCCAGUAUGGCACCUUGUUGAUGGUAGACAGUGAGGAGGAGUAUUUCCCGGAGGAGAUAACCAAGCUGAGGAGAGACAUCGAGAACGGUCUCUCCCUCAUCAUCUUCAGCGACUGGUACAACACGUCCGUCAUGCGGAAGGUGAAGUUCUACGAUGAGAACACGCGUCAGUGGUGGAUGCCAGACACAGGGGGCGCUAACGUGCCGGCCCUGAACGAUUUGCUGUCUGUCUGGGGCAUGGCCUUCAGCGACGGCCUGUACGAGGGAGAUUUCACCAUGGCCGACCACGACAUGUACUACGCGUCGGGCUGCAGCAUCGCGCGCUUCCCGGCGGACGGCAUCGUAGUCGCCAAGAACCUCAAAGACCAAGGCCUGGAAGUUCUGAAGCAGGAGACGGCAGUGGUGGAGGGCGUACCAAUCCUGGGGAUGUACCAGACCCCCUCAGAGGGGGGUGGUCGCAUCGCCCUCUACGGAGACUCCAACUGUAUAGACGACAGCCACCGGCAGAAAGACUGUUUCUGGCUCCUGGACUCCCUGCUUCAGUUCACCUCCUACAGCAUGACUCCUCCCAGCCUCACCCAGGGCAGGGUCCCUUCCCCCUCCGGCUCCCAGCAGCCCCUGCCCCAGAGACUGGAGGGGAACCACCUGUACCGCUACUCCAAGGUGUUAGAGGCCCAUCUGGGGGACCCCAAGCCCCGGCCCCUCCCCGCCUGCCCCCACCUGUCCUGGGCCAAGCCCCAGCCCCUCAACGAGACCGCGCCCAGUAACCUCUGGAAGCACCAGAAGCUGCUGUCGGUGGACCUGGACAAGGUGGUGCUGCCCAAUAUGAGAGCGUACCGGCCCCAGGUUCGACCUCUCUCUCCUGGGGAGAGUGGAGCGUGGGACAUCCCUGGAGGUAUCAUGCCAGGCCGCUAUAACCAGGACGUGGGCCAGACCAUCCCUGUGUUUGCCUUCCUGGGGGCCAUGGUGGUCCUGUCCUUCUUCGUGGUCCAGCUGACCAAGGCCAAGUCCAAGCCCAAACGCAGGAAACCGCGCGUCAAGCGGCCCACGUACCUCCAGCAGAGCCUGACUGUCAGCACCGCCAAGAGCCCCACUGUCUGAUCCUUCUAGAACCCUGAGGACCCAGGAUCUGGAAUAUGCCGGGGCCACGGCAGGAUUCCGGAGAGGAGAUUGUGGAAUGCCACGGCGGUUGGGUCUGGAGGGAUCAUCCUGACCUGAGCGUGACCCCUGACCCUGGCAUGCCGGCUGGGCAGAGAGAGAGAGCGAGAAAGAGAGAGAGACCGCAGAGACGUUGGUUAGAGGAGAGGAUAUAAUGAACAAUGGACGCAAAGUCCUUCUCCUUCAUCCUGUUUUCUCUCUGGUCUUCUAAAGGCAUCGUUCAUCUGACCAAAUAGAGUUGGACUGGAGUUCAGCCCCAGACUUUUAUAUUUAUUAAAUUAAAUCCAAACAUACCUACACACACACUCACGUACACACGUACACACACUUACUGAGGUGUGUGAUCUGAUUACGUUACUUGGACUGAUUCUAACUGUUGUUAUCUGCACUUUUUCAUCGUCAUGGGCUGUUUGGUUUGUCUCUCGUUUUUAUAUUUUAUAAUUCUGAUGAUGCUGAUUGUUGGUCAGGCGUGCUGACCUGGGGGGUCAAAAGACUUAUCUACUGCGCUGUUGCAUUAUCUCCUCAAUAAAGCUUCAUUCUGGA